CCAAUCAAGCGUCUCGCUGCGCAGGGCCGUCGCUUCUACUGCUUCGCAGCUACUUUCAGAUGGCUUCUUCGGUCGAAUGCGUAAAGAUAUUUCACGUUUAUCUAAAAACUUCUCGGUAAACUAAAUCUCUCGUCCCUACGGUGUAUUACUUAGAAAUAGAAUUUGUCCCUUGUCACAUCCAUCAUUGCAUAUCUGUUGUCACAAAUAAUGAUAGCGCACCGAAAUCAUUAAUUCUAGUAUGCGUUUACAAAUCGAAUUGCAUUCCUUACUUCAUUUUGGCUUUUGAUUCUAUUAAUUCAUCAUGUCAGUUGCGAUCUAUGAAUUUUCCAUUAGUUGUCAUCAUUUCUAUGUGCGCAUUAAGUACGAUGCGAUAGCAUCGAUUCGAGACUACGUUCACGCCAAGUAAACCGUAAAUUUGCAUGACGCGUUUCGCGUGACCGAAUUCGCGGUACAUUUUUGCGGUAAUUCUUAUCGCAAUGAGGUUUCCGUGGUGUAGUGGUUAUCACAUCCGCCUAACACGCGGAAGGUCCCCGGUUCGAUCCCGGGCGGAAACAUUUUUUGCUUUCGCCAAAUUCAUCGAUGCAAGAUUAUGAGGUGGGAAGAUUAAGGAUUAACGCAUGCACGCAUCUCGAGCCUGUCCUACAACCACGACAACCCACCCCCGUCGUAUCCCGAAGAGGAGGCGCAGGCGGCGGCGGCAGCGGCGGUAGCGGCGGCGGCAGCGUGCGCGACGGCGGCGGACACAUCAAUAAUUACCCAUGGCGGCGCAGGGUGGGCAAGACGCGGCGCAGGCAUCGGGCAGGUCGGAGGGAGGGUUGGACGACGGAAGAGAGAAAGAGAAUGAGAAGUUACAAAUACCCGUGGGCGCGGUGGGCAUCGAAAUCAGGAACUCCAGCAUCAAGACAAUACCAACGGACGCGUUCUCCGCGUACGGCGCCACCCUGGAGGAGCUCAAUAUCACUGGAUGCGGCGUGGAGCAGAUCGAGCCUAACGCGUUUCGCGGUCUCGGCAGGCUGCGCGUGCUGGGCCUGAUCGGCAACAGGAUCCGCGUGCUGGACGCGUCUUGGCUGCAAGACCUGACGAGCCUGGAAGCGCUGAUCGCGUGGCGCAAUCGCAUCGCCGAGAUCGACGCACGAUUGUACGAUCUGCUGCCCAAUCUGGAGUACUGGGACAUCGCGUACAACGAGCUGAACUUCUGCCUGCCGCCCGACAUGCUGCGCAGGCUGACGAGGCUGAGGAGGAUCCACAUCGCCGGCAAUCCGUGGUUGUACCGAUGCCGCCCUUCGAUGACGUGGUACCUGGGCAAAAACCACAUCCAUUUCGUCCAGGAUUGGGGCGCCAACGAUAGGCUGAUCGAGGAUUGCCUCGUGCACGAGUUGCACGCCGAUGUCGAUGACGCUGUUCUGCAAGGAUGUGUCGAUCGCAAACUCGUUACUGUCGACUCGGCGCGCGCUCUGGCCGAUUUGAGCGAGCAUGUACGCGAACUCGCGAGGAAGGUCACUGAGCUGCAGGCCGACGUCGAUGCUUUGAAAAAGAACAUUCAUUGAUCCGUCGCGAGCUUCGUUGUUUGUAAUUCUUUUGUUUCUUUUUAUGAAACUCAGCUGUGCUAAAUCAAGAGAUGUCUUAGUAGCUAUAUGCGUUUCAUCGUCGCGAGUUUACAGCGACGAUUUUUCGAUGCUUUCGAUGUUUUUUUUGCAGUUUGCAUUUGCAUGUUUUAAUUUGCAUUGAGAUUAAGAUAAAGCCGCAAUAAUGUUCAUGCGUUUUUGAUGUCUCAAUAUAAUUGAAUUGCAGUACUUCAAUAAUUACUAAACUGUUUUCUGCGGAUAAUGUUGAGGUAAUUUACUUGAAGUAUAUCUCCAAUUCUAACAUGCGAUUCUAAAGCUUCACGAUUCUUAAUAAGGUACGAACAGUGAUUGGCUACAAACUAUCGUUUCGGAGAGAUUUUCGCGAUUAGACCUGCAUCGUUUUCUGAAUAAACGAUUCGAAUCGCGAGUUCUCACAUGCUAGAAACUAACGGUAAUUCGACGCGUUCGUUCGCGCUUCAGUGCGUCCGGAAUGAUCGAAACGUUACGAAUGAUCGAAAUCUUACAAGUCGUCGAGUGCAUCAUGCAUGCUGCGUGAAGCGACUCUGGGAAACUUCAUUUUGAUAUACUUAAUCGCGCUAUAUUAUUCGCAAAAAGAGACAUGUGGCGAACUUUGAUUUAACUUUAAGUAAAUUUUCGCCAAAUCUGAAAAUGUAUUUUCCUAUACAACAUCUCUUUUUAUAUUGAGCUUUUGCUUUUAUGUGAUCAUUUCAUGAGUCAGCAACAAAUACGUUCCCAUAAAUCUGCCCUGUCUUUAUCUUGAUCCCGUUCCCGAUCAGAAAGAUCCUCGCGAGGAUCUUCGCCGUUCUCGCGUUCGAUCUGGCGUGAGGCGUCCGUAGAUCACGGCAGCGCGUCGAAUCGCUCGCGAGCGUAUUAAAUCAUUCCGCGUGUCCGCGGUAGCGCUCGUCCAUGGGGCACCGAUGGGAUUCUCCCCGCAACACCGAGACAAGAACAUUCCGGCUCCAGUUCAGCCGCCAUUCAUCAGCACCGGUCAAAAAAUGCGUAUCGCUCGCACGCGUGCAGCAGAUCGGCGGCUGCGCGCGAACGCUCGGGAUCUUUGGGGCGGUUUCCGCAGUCAUUAAUAACUCGCCGGGACGGCGAGAAGCGAGAAGCGAAAAAACCGAACGGAGAAGGACUGGGGGGGUGUUCGGCCCGCGAGCGAAACCAGGAGCGGACAGCUUCGUCACGGUGCGGAACUGUCCGUUAUGCUCGCUGCGCGAUGCAUAUUCUCGUUAAUGAAAGCGCGCGCGGCUCGCAAAAAUCUGCGAGUCGUGUAUCGCAAUUUGGCGGAGCGCGAUUGAUCUCGUGAUGAAUUAUGAAAAUUAAAACGGCCGGAAAAUCCUUUCAAGAAUCCAGAUAGUGCAGCAGCAAGAUAGCUCAAGAUUGGUUCCGAGAAUCUCGAGAAGGAUAGCUUAAUCGAAUAUGCAAGCAAUAGCUUGGAGAAACAAGGUAGAAGCCCUUAAAUAUCGCGGAACCACAAAAGUUCUUCCGCUUAUAUCGUCUCUCGAGGCUCCUAUUCUAGAACUCGAAGAUGAACUUUCUCUGUUAAUAAUACGAGAAACGUUUGAUAAGUCCUUAAAAAAUAUAUGAGAUGGUGGCACUAAUAUCAAACUGACAUGAUAAUUGACGUAUAUAUUAAUAUAUAUAUACGUACAUAUUUUCUGAAAGCUUAUCUCUCUCUCUCUCAAACGACCCUCAUAUAAAUGGAGCAAAUAGGGAUUUGAAAUGCGAUUAACCUAGACAAACAAAAGGUACGGACCUAAAAAUUUUCAGAAUUCGAAUUUCGAAAUAUUAUUCCUGAUACUUUUGUACUGACAAUUUUGUUCAUCAUUUGUCCCAUAUCGGGCUCUCAUUUGCUAUCGAUUCACACAUCAAGCAGCCCUUACUGUAAUAUCAUGAACGUUCUCAAAUGCUUGCGCUAUCGUAUGCUAUUCUCCGCUACCUUGAAGUCAAACGUAAACCGCGAGUUUGAGCCGAGAUCUCUUUGGCAUCGGAGACGGUGAUGAGAUAAAUCGAUCCGUUCGGUCGUUUUAUCGCGUGAUCCACGAAGGAGAAAGAGAAAGAGAGAAACGGAUUUCACGGCGAAUCGACGCGAUUCACGGGGUCGAGUGUACGCGAUACGGCGCAUCUAUCCACACAGAUAUACACACACAUAGACAAACGCACACGCACACAGAGCCAUACACGCGCUCGCGCGCACGGUAGCCGCGCGGAAAGGACAUUGUUCCACCUACUGUGCGCGCGGAAACUACCGGUUCUCCGUGAUUUAUGGAGCGAGUGCCCCGCUGCUCGUGCUGCCGCCAUCCACCGCAUCUUCGGGGUCCUCCUCUUCAUCGUCAUCGUCGUCUCCGUCUUCGUGCCCCCUCGUCCUCGUCGCCGCUUCACCGCCAAGCAUUCCCUGCACGCGGGGAGUGCUCCAGUUCCCACGCAGAGGUUGCGCUUCUACUCCCCCGAUCUCUCGAUCUCUCUCCUUCUCUCACCCUCCGAUCUCUCUGUCUCUCUUUUUCUCUCUCUCUCUCUCCUUGUCGCUCUCUCGCUGUUCACCUCAUCGAGAGCGCUCGCUCGACGAUGCGAAUCGUAGCGCACGCUGCACAUGCAUCCCGACCACGCACACCGGUUACCCGUGCCGAUGCUGCGCGCGGUGCAUCAACAUCGCCCGCUGCAACCCGGAAAUCCGGACGUAACACGGCCUCGAUGAGGGCUCCCUCCUUCCUCCCCCUGUCCCCCGCCUCUCGCAGCCCGCGUUGAUCGUCGGCGAGGACUCGGCGAUGCAAGACGCCGCCAGAUUCCCGGAUCUCCUCGAAAUUAACAACGUCGAUGGAUAGUUACGCGCUACGUCCGCGUUGCAGUCGUGUUAUUAAAGCGCGGAAAGUAAAAUACGAUACUGUUAGAUAAAGUACAAUAAUAUACCGUAAAACUCUUAGAUUUAGAAUCGCAACACGGACAUCUUUCUGAUCAUAAUUUCGUUGCCUAUUUCCAAAAUGACGAUCGGAGAACGUUUCAGAAUUUUAUGAAAGCAAAUAUCCGCAAAUAGAAAAUUUAGAAAGUAAAUAUAUAUGUGUAUCAAAUAUAAAUCUCUUUUAACGA